AGUUCUCUUUGAGUUCGGAAAAAUUCUUUCCUUUUGUGCGUAUCGAAACAUUUGAUUAUUUCGCAAAAAUGAAUGGUGCUUUAAUUGUAUCAUAAAACCUCGAAUACAUUAAAGAUGGCAGUUUUACUGGUGUUUCUACUUGUAAUAGGAACUAUCUACAGUGGAGAAGCCCUGUACUUUGAGGACGGAUAUGACCAUCAUUACACAUAUUCCUCCGAGUCGGACAUGCUGGGCUUACAUAACAUAACAACGAUUAUCAAGUUCCGUAUUCGCUCAGUAAAUGAUACAGACGGCGGGAAAAAUCUUCACCAGUUAAUGGUUGACAGUUUUGUACAAAUCUCUGAAAAGGGAUACAGUAAGUCGGUUAUAAGUAACAUACACGUUUUGCAAAAGCGCCUGCAGACUGAAUAUAAUGAUUUUUGAAAUACGGAGAUAUCA